GAACGGUGUCUCUCCUCAAGCGAACGAGAGGCUCCCCUAACCCGAGGCGCUUCCCCUUAUUUCGCCUUCCGGAGAAAAUACUGCACAAUCACUGUGCUCUCCGGCGAUCAGGAGUCGAGCCCCACGUUGGGCGCCAAUUUGUGGGAAUCCUACUGCCAUCACCAGGCAGGCGAAACCCACCCAGGGGAAGACCCCUCGUUCUGCCUCCGAGGAACGACACUCCAAACAGACAUAGGAAAUUCAGAUACUUUAUUACAUACCAGUUAGAUCCAGAGCCAACAAUAUGUGGCGGCCCGUGUGUGAUGACGAAGACGUGCCUCUGCUGCCACGCGCUACGGCUCUGGCACGGCAGUUCUACCGGCACCGUCCUAGCGUGAGGCCACGACCAUCUGCCCGCUGGGACAUUCCAUCAUCGCCGGUCAGGACUCAUGUAGAGGAACACCACCUCCUCUACAAAUACAAUGCCGCGCACAGCCACGCUACCGCCACCAGCCCAGAAACUCGCGCUCCCCACGAUACGAAGUGGUUCAGCAGCUGUCGCAACAAGGCGAACGGCUCUAUCCGGUGCCGUAUCUGCGGCAAGCUCCAAAGCAGCAUGCUCCGUCUUCGCUACCACUACUCCAGCCACGUGAAUGGUCAGAUCUUCAGUUGUCCAAAGUGUCCAGGCACCUACAAGACAAGCCGACAAGUCGUUAACCACUUCAGGAGUGUUCACGUUCCGACAUAUAAAUGCAGUCAGUGCAACUUCGUGACUGCCUACUACAAAGUUUUACGUAGCCACGAAUUAAAGCAUGCCGGAAUUACCCCUAAAGAACGCUGUGAGGCUUGCUUCAAGCUCUUCAGAAAGUACGCAAUUGUACGUCACUAUUAUCAACAUACGGGCGAAAAACCCUAUCCGUGCCGACAGUGCGACUCCGGCUUUGUGACAGCCUCAAAUCUAAAGCGUCAUGUCCAUGAGGUACACGGGAGCGAAAAACGUGCGUCUGACCAUACGGGACACAAGAGACGUCGAGCACAGGCACACGACAGAGAGGCCCUUGGUGACGACGGCCUACCAGGAUUGAAUAAUCGAUGCGUCGUCUGUGGCGAAACAUUCCCCAUGUGGAAUUUACUGCGGGCACACAUGGCAACACACGAUCCGGCUCCCCUGGAUUCGAGGUUGCUGGACGACUGCCGCUUGGCGGACGGGACCAUCCAGUGCCUUGUCUGCGGCAAAUUUCAAACAAACAUGGCCCAUCUUCGCGGCCAUUACGCCACUCACACAAAUGCUCGCAUCUUCACUUGUCCAAAGUGUCCACGUACUGAGAAGACAAGCCAGCGUUUCAUCGAGCACUUCAAGAUGACCCACACUAUGCUCGCCCAGACUUAUAAAUGUAGUCAUUGCGACUUCAAGACCAUCUACGCGACAGCUAUUCGCAAACAUGAAUCAAUGCAUGGCGGUACAAACAAAGAACGAUGUGAGGCUUGCUUCAAAUUCUUCUCGAAGGAAAAAAUUUUGGUUCAUUAUUACCAGCAUACGGGUGAGAAACCGUAUGCGUGCACACAAUGCAGCUCCGGCUUUGCCACCACCGCAGGGCUAAGGCGCCAUAUCCGUCGCGUGCAUGGGCACGAGAAAAGUGCUUCUCAUCAUAUGGGACACAAGAGACGUCGAGCACAGGUACAUAGAGAGGCUUUUCCAGACGACGGUCUACCUGGAUUGAAUAAUCAAUGCAUCGUCUGUGACGAAAAGUUUCCGCUGUGGAAUUUGCUGUGGGCGCACAUGAAAACACACAAUCCUGUUCCCCAUGACUCGAGAUUGUUGAACGACUGCCGCUUGCCGGACGGGACCAUCCAGUGCCUCGUCUGCGGUAAAAUCCAACCAAGCAUGGCCGGUCUUCGCGUGCACUAUGCGAGUCACACGGAUGCUCGCGUCUUCAAGUGUCCAAAGUGUCCACGUGCCCUGAAGACAAGCUCCGCUUUCCUCACCCACUUCAGGAGCGUUCACACCACGCCGGACCGAGUUUAUAAAUGUAAUCGGUGCGACUUUCAGACCAUAUACGGCGGCUGUAUCCGUAAGCACCAGUUAAAACAUUCCCGAAUCCUCCAAAGAGAACGGUGUGAAGUAUGCUUCAGAUUCUUCUCAAAACUGUCACUUUUACGUCACUAUUACCAGCAUACGGACGAAAAACCGCACGCAUGCCAACAGUGCAGUUCCCGCUUCGUCUUGGCCUCACACCUCAAAAACCAUGUCACACAUGUGCAUAAGAGAAGGACACCUGCUACUCGCCAUGGAAAACGCAAGAGGCAUGCACCACAGAUAGUUAGCGAGGACAUUCCGAGCACAGGCCUUCCGGGCUUGGAUAAUCGAUGUGUCGCCUGUGGUAAGAAGUUCCUCCUGUGGCAUUCACUGCGGAAACACAUGAUGAUACACGACCCGGUACCCCAGGAUUCGAGAUGGUUCGAGGAUUGCCGUUUGCCAGACGGGACCAUCCAGUGUCUCAUCUGCGGUAAAGCAAAAAAAAACAUGUCCGCUCUUCGCCUCCACUACCCCCGCCACACGAAUGCUCUCGCCUUCAGUUGCCCAAAUUGUCCACGUGCCUACAAGACGAGCAGAGAGUUCAUUACGCACUUCAGGAGGGCCCACACCCCGCUCGCCCAUAUCUACAAAUGUAGUCGGUGCGACUUCACGAGUAUCUAUAGCAGAGCGUAUUAUAAGCACGCGGAAGAACAUGAUGGCAUUCCCCGAAGAUAACGGUGCGAAGUUUGCUUCAAAGUUUCUUUUUUUUUUUUUUUUCAUGGACUCUGUGUUGGGUCACUAUUAUCUACAUACGGGCGAGAAACCAUAUACAUGCCUAGAAUGUAACUGUCGCUACAUCAACGCCUCACGGCUCAUGGACCAUGUCAAACGUGUACAUGAGGGAGAGAAACGGUCUCCUGAUCAUACUGGGCGCAAGGUGUGCCGAGCCCAGGUGAGACAUCACAACUAAUGUACCUUUUUUUUCCCCCGAAUUAUUCAUUAUUUUUUGUUACACGCACACACAAAAAAACGUACCCCUGUUCACCCCCUGUUCGUGUAAUUUCGGUCACAAUGUUCUCAUAUACAGCUCUUUAUGGUAUUUGCGUAGCGUUGGAAACUAGGGGCGAGACGAAAGUUCCGAGCUGGCACAGCUCCCAUCAAAGUUAACUUGAACGGCUUGCGAAAGCGGGAAGGCAGCCACCCCGGCAGCCUCGUAGCUGAAAACAACGCCUUCAUGACGAGGAUCAUCCCUCUAACUGCAACGGGGUGACCCAAACUCCGCCCGCUGUUAUUUCUUCUAAGCAGAACCAAGAUCCGCAGCCCGGAACGACGUUCAAGUUAACUCUGAUGCUAGCUGUACUUGUAAAAUAACUACUAUAAUGGAAUAUAGAGCUCUAAACUCAAUUUCGAUACACCGUUGCUUGAACACUCAGUGCUCUCGCGUCGCAAUGUUUGUCCCAAUUUCGCUCGUUGUUUUUCUUCGUGUUUUUUCUCUAUAAAGUUAACAUUGCGGCCAACAUUGUGUUGGCCACGUAGAGUAUCAUCAGCAGCGACACAGUGGGGUUUAUAGGUGGAUACCUAGUUGGGAAUAGGACUGCUUGACACUGGAGAUUAUUUUGCUCCGGACGUCGACCUCGAUCCACUAGCAAAUUAAAAGUAUGUUACAGCUU